AAUCUGGAGCCAACAUGCAGAGAACUGAAGUCUGAGUUAAUCUAGGAAGUUCCUGGAGAAUCAAUGAAAAGUCAAGAAAAUGUAACAAUUCCCACAGUUCCUGAACGCAGCAAACUUUCCUCAAACUGAAUAUUUUUCAUCAAAACCAAUCGGCCUGAAUCAGAACGGUUCCUUGAGGUUCUACUGAGUCCAGCUGAUGGUUCUGAUGGGUCGGACGCCUGCGCUCCAGAACACAGAAUUCCCGGUUCUGAACCCUGCUGACCCAGAGACUCUGAAGGAUUUGUCCAUCCAGCUGGAGAUUAAAUAUUUUAAUCAUUUUCUAGUUUAGUUCUUUCAGCUCAACCAAACAUUGACUCAAAACAACCACCAGAGGGCGUCCUAUGCCGUCUCCUGAUGACAUCACCCAGCAGCAGCUUUUACAGGGAGCACUAGGAACUGAACAAUAUAUAAAACGCAAUACAGUCGUUAAAAUACAAAUCAAAGUUAAAACAGUUAGCAGUAACAUUGUGCUAUAAAAUGGAACUAAAAUACAUAAAACCGUCUCCUUUAAAGAUCGUUUUUCAGGUGAUCACCUCACCUGGUACUGGAUGCCAUGCAGCUGAGAGGAUUUUUGUUUUCUACUUUUAGACAGUUAUGAUGUGCAAACAUAGAAACGAGGUGUUUUUACUCCCGGUAUCAUCGGCUAUGAUAAUACCAGAAGAGUUGAGACGUUCAUGCAGAGCAGAGAGAAGGAAGUUAAACCUUCUCCAUCGAUCAUAACCUGAGAUCUCUAGCAAGCUAAAUAGUUGAGCUUCAAGCGUUGCCAGAACCAAACCGGAGUUUUAUGAAAGCAGCUGGAUGUGAAGUUCCAGAUCUUCUAUCAGUCUGUUGUGGAGACGAAUCUCUUCUGCAGCAUCAGAACCACUGAUGCAAAAGCUGAUCAAAGAAGGAUUCUUCAGAUAUUGAAGAAUAAUACAGACAACUGUGAGAAUGCUCUUCAUUGUUCAGACAGAGGCUUCCUAAUACUCACUGUAACACUGACCUCUACAGGAGACUCUUCCUGCCCACAGCAUUUACACAACGCUGAAGGAAGUUGGCUUAGUUUUUGUCAUGGUUUACUCAAGUUCAGACACGACGAAUCGAGCUGGAUUCCACCGCUCCUUUAGAAAAAACGGAUCUCCUUCUCAGGUUUCAUCCCCAUUUAUGGGAUUGGUUGGUUAAGCAGGUCGGUAGAGACAGGAAGAGACCAGAAGCAGAACAUUUGCUGCAGAUGGUUCAGAUACUCAUGUGUUCAACUCGUGUUAAACCUCCCGCAGGCCUGAAAGGAGCCGGCCUCCAGUCUGACAGGUUGGACCAGGAGUGGGUGGAGUUUCUCCAGAAACCUCACCUUUUACUGUCAGUUGUUCUGGCAUUUCAGCUGCUGCAAUGGCGGAGGCCAGGCCUUCUUUGUCGAUUGAGGAGCUUUCAGACGACAAGCCUCCUUCCCAUAGUGAGGAGAGUCCAGAUGAAGACGAAAAGUCUUCCUCUGCUAUUGGAUGCAGUUUUAUUAAGAGUUGCACGGGAAAGCCCAAGAGCAUUUGCUCAUUUUUCCUCGAUGUGCUGGGUCUUGCAUUGUUUGUUCUCGACAUUGUUUUGGACUUCAAGACUCUGGUGAUGUUUGGCAUGAAUAGGGAGUAUGGGUACCUUGCUGUUCUGCUGGUUCUGCUCGUAGGAUCGGCCGUGCUCACACACACUUUCAGCUGGCUCUGGUACAAGGAUGAUAACUUUGCCAUGAUGACCAACCUGGAGAGGAUCCUGUAUCCCAACCUUGGAUUUCUGCACAUCUUCCAUUUAGGAAUCUACACCAGGCAUGCAGCCGUCGCAACGGCUUCAAUGGAAAACGUCCGCUUUCAGUCCGAGGAGCUGAAGAAAAUAAUAAAGUACCGUAAACAUGAUCAGAGACUUCUGGGGAUGUUUGAGGCGUACUCGGAGAGCGCUCCUCAGGUCGUCCUCAUGCUCAGCAUCGCCCUGAGUGACGAUGGCUGGACACCGACUGUCCUCACAGUGCGUAAGAUCCUGGUCUCAUUUGUGAGCAUCAUCUUCUCUGAGGCCAAGUACUACAAGUCAAUCAUCUCCUGCCUCAGUGAGACCGACCAAUGCUGGUACUGCUCUUGUACGACAGUGAUGCGGUUGGUGCUCUUCUUCCUCUGGAAGCUGCUCUUGGUGUUGAGUCGCCUUGUUGCCCUCGCCCUCUUCGCCUCCGUGGAGCCCUGCUACAUCUUCACCCACUUCGUCUGCUCCUGGCUGCUCCUGUUCUUUGUUGCCUCUUACAUCGAGACAAAACAAGAAGACUCAGUCUUCAGGAAGUCUACCGGUGAGAAGUGGCUGUUCCGAGGCACUGUGGCUCUCAUCUGGUACUUCAGCUGGUUCAGUGGUGUGGUGAAGACGAGGACCAGCAAACUGAUGCUGUUCUACCACCUCUACAUGCUGGUGGACAUCUGGGUCCUCUGUGGGCUGUGGUACUGUGGAAUUAGCUCGAAUCCACUUCACUUAGAGAUCUCAUCUUUGCACAUUGCAGUCUUUGCUGGAAGUGUGCCCGCUUUUUAUGUCAUUGGGUUGUUUUGGAAGGGGAUUUAUUUUUAUGGUCUCCAUCCAGAUGUGGAGGAAAAGAAGCUGGAAGAAAACAAGAAGGAGAAGGAGAAGAUGUGUUUCUUCACACACGUCCAGUCAGAUAAGUGGACGCGUGUGAAGAAACAGAAACAACCCAUCUUCUCUAUGAAAAUCAUCUUCUAUCUCUUCUAUCUGUUGCCCGGUUUCAGUGAAUAUUUUAAAUACCUUGAGCCUGAUUCCAACGAGCCGUUUCACAGCAACAGGAGGAUGGAGGAACUGGCCAAGAGUUUCUACGUGAAAUAAUCUGACGGCCCUGAUGAUUCUCAGCAGGUUUUCUACUGCAGGUGACUGAAAGUUCCUCUCUGACUCAAGAUGCAACUAUUGUGAUGACCUCUGACCUGAGCUUCCAGAGCCACAUAAAGCCGGUUCCACAGUGGGCCUUCUAGCAGCUGCAGAACUUUUCCAGAACCAGAGACUAAAGUCUCCGACCAGAGAAACUCAUCCAGGCGUUUGGGUCCUGCAGCAGCGUCUUCACAGGUCUGAUUGACAACCCAACGGUCCAGAACGCUGCUGCUGGAGUUCUGACUAGAACCAGGAGGAUGGAGACACCACCCGGUUCUUUGCUGAGAGACUUUAAACUGCUGGUAGUUUAUAAAUUACUGAAAGGAUUAAAGAUCUGCUGCUGCUGCAGCUGGAUCAACCUGCUGGUUCUGAUGCAGAAAAGAAUAAACCUCCAGAAAAUUGAAAAACAGCUGAAACACUGAGUUAGUUUAAAUCCAGCUGGUUAGAGCUGCUUUUGAAAGAUAAUAAAUGAAACAUUUAAUGUAGCUGUGUGUUUUAUGACUUUAUAUUUCUAUGAUGUAAAGCACUUUGAACUGCUUUCUUGCUGAAAUGUGCCACACAAACACAAUUUUAUUUGACUGAUUGAUUGAUUGAUUGAUUGAUUGAUUGAUUGAUUGAUUGAUUGAUUGAUAUUGCUUUAGUCUCUGAGAAAUCUUGAACACUUCUUUCUAAAGUCUUCAGACGGGUCCAACCUGAACUCUGCAGUAUUCUCUCACAUCAACAUUUAGAAACCAGAGAUCGGACCGAGUCACUGUUUUCUCAAGUCUUUGUCCUCAAGUCCGAGUCAAUCUCAAGUCAGGAGUUUGGAAUUUCAAGUCCUUUUGAGUCGUUUUUUUUUUGUUUGUUUGUUUGUUUGUUUGUUUUUUAAGAAAACAACAAUGUUCCAAUUAUGCUAAAUGUAAAUAAUGGACUAUGUGUUCUUUUUAAAAUCAAACACACAAUUAACUCAUUGUAAAUAAAGCCCAGUGGUU